CUCCACACAUGCGUAGUGGCAGACAGCAAGGCGGCCAUGAUGAAGUGGCAGGUAGCUGUGUGUGAGGCUGAGGGAAAGUUGUCUGUUUUUCUGUCUUCGUGUGGAUUGGCUUUCAAUUGCUGCUGACUGAAGAAUAAAGGUUUGCUCAAGAGAGAGAAGACAGUUUGAAUAAGAAUUUGUAUCCCAUUGUGAUGUAGACUGGGAAUAUGACAGAGAACAAAGAUUCAGAGGGAGAGAUACAUCCUCUGAAAAAUGAUGAGACCAGAAGCCAAGACACGAAUGAAGUUUCUAACAGGCACAAAGAAACCAAAAUCAAGAAAUUUACAAAAUUUGGACAGCUUUCCCGUUGGAGAACUGCUGCUUUCUUCAUAGUUUUAUUUUUAUGUCUGAUUGUGGUGUUUGCAUUUUCCUUCAUAAUUCCUUGUCCAGUGAGGCCUGUGUCACAAAGGGCCUGGAACAGAACAUUUGAAAAUGCAGUGAGUUAUCCUUUUUUCACGCUGUGGGAUAUGAACAGAGACAAAGUUAGCGAUGUGGUAUUCGCAUUGAAGUCCUCCAAUGACACUAUAAUUAAUGGAUCAUGUGCAGCUGAGGGCCUCCCAUUUCCCUGUGCCUAUGUUACUGCGCUGUCAGGAACAAAUGGCAGUCUGCUGUGGCAGCGAGCUUUAGCAGAGGAUGUUCAGCAUGUGCAAUGUGGAAUUGAAAAUCUCAGUGGUGCAAAGUCUUCAGGAUGCCUCAUCAUUGGAACCCCUUACCUCCUUAGUGCAAUCAGUUCUUCAGGAGAUACAUUGUGGAUCCUUAAUGCUAGUUUUGUUGUUAAUCUUUCUGUGAUUGGACCUGCAUUGAUACUUCCAGAUCUAGAUGGUGAUGGUGUUGGAGACUUUUUGAUCUUUUUUACACCAAAUCAG